UGCCAGCAAUGAGUCAAUUAACGAUGCGGGGAUCAAAGACAUCUGCCAAAAAAACAAGUCAGAAUUUUGAAAGAAUAUUCGUCCAAGUGAAUUUUGUGUGAAAUAGCCAGCGCCAAGGUGCCAUAUCGGGCGUUGUUCUCACGGACCACGGCUUGACCUGAUUGUUGUUGCUUCCAGUGUUGCUCAGCCCCUUCCUUGUUCUCCUUCCUUCCAUUUUCCAGGCAGGCCCUUCUGCGUAUCUACCUUUACGUCCUGCUACCUUCCCAUCGCUGCAACACUGGCGCCAACGCUCUUCUCCGUAUUCACUUCCAAGCUCGCCAAGGGUCGACCAUCGUCGCCUUUACCACCUGGCCACCACUCUCCUCUGAUGGGCCAACAGCCGUCCAAGAAGUCAAAGAAGGGUAGCAAGGAGAAGGAGAAGGAAGCCGAUUCGCCGUCUCCUGAAACAGCGACGGAGGAGGUGGGAGAAAGCACGCCGCAAGGUUCCUUGUCCCGAGCGACGGGCUCCGACGCAGUUAACGGUGUCGACAAGUCACUACCGAACGGAGGGCCUGCUAUAAAUGUAUCGGCUCCCGAUGGUGCUGCCGUAGCAUCCUCAGGAAAUGGUACAGGACCUCGCAAGCCUGCCGACCCCUCUUCUACUGACCCCCCUCCACCAAGUCCUGCCUCUCCAGCAUCUUCCUCUUCAACGUCUCAAGUUUCCCCGAAGCCUUCUCCUGCUCCCUUAGAUAUACCGGCUACCCAGACGAUUUUGUCCAAUUCAAACAUGUUCACUCCCGGAUCGGCCUCCAGUAACGGACUUCAAAGCGAGAACGGAGGUGUAAAGGAGAAGCCACGGCCGUUUGAUGUCGAUGACAUGAUACAACGGCUUCUGGAUGUCGGAUAUACGGGGAAAGUCAGCAAAUCUCUUUGCCUUAAAAACACAGAGAUCACUUCCAUCUGCCUUGCCGCCCGAGAGGUUUUCCUAAGCCAACCUACUCUUGUCGAAUUAUCGCCUCCUGUGAAGAUCGUCGGUGAUGUUCACGGGCAGUACUCGGACCUCAUACGGCUGUUCGAAAUGUGCGGUUUUCCUCCCGCCGCAAAUUACCUUUUUCUUGGGGAUUAUGUCGACCGUGGCAAACAAAGUCUCGAGACUAUCCUCUUACUUCUCUGUUACAAGAUCAAGUAUCCGGAAAACUUUUUCUUGUUGAGGGGGAACCAUGAAUGUGCGAACGUGACGCGAGUAUAUGGAUUCUAUGAUGAGUGCAAACGACGUUGUAAUAUCAAGACGUGGAAAACGUUCAUCGAUGUUUUCAAUUGUCUACCUAUUGCCGCCGUCGUAGCCUCCAAGAUUUUCUGCGUCCACGGAGGUCUAUCGCCUUCUCUCCACUCUAUGGAGGAUAUAAAGCGGAUACAGAGACCAACAGAUGUUCCAGACUAUGGUCUUCUGAACGACUUGCUCUGGUCAGAUCCAUCCGAUACAGCUCUAGAUUGGGAGGAUAACGAGAGGGGAGUGAGCUAUUGCUUUGGGAAAGCCAUCAUCAAUGAGUUCCUUGUUCGUUACGACAUGGAUCUCAUAUGCCGGGCACAUAUGGUUGUAGAAGAUGGUUACGAGUUUUGGAACGAUCGAACACUAGUGACAGUGUUCAGUGCACCUAAUUAUUGCGGAGAAUUUGACAAUUACGGGGCAUGCAUGAGCGUGUCAGAGGAUCUGCUUUGUGCCUUCGAGUUGCUCAAACCUCUUGAUGGUGCCGCAUUACGGAAGGAAAUGACUAAAGCAAAGCGGAAAAGUAUGGCCACGGCCGCAUGAGUUUUACGACGGUUUCCGACGAUAUACGAAUAUAAUAGCUGGUAGCCUCUUGGUGGAUCUGUGUUCAUAGUUCUGGCCACCGACGCACUGUGAUGAAAUUGUAGACUAGGGCCAGCGACGUAUAUGAGGAUGACCCCCGUAGAACAUUGACGAAAGGCAGUUUUCGCUAACUGCUUCGCCCCUCUUUUUCACCACCCUGUCGUUUGAAUGGCCAGAGGAGAUAUUGAGUCCGCUCUUUUCUCUGACUCUUGUAAUCAUACUUUCUUUUCUUACUUUAGGAUUGGCAUUUUGUUCUCCUCUAUUGCUCUCCCCAUCUUCCUGUCGAUGUUUGUGUUAUAAGUCUCAGUACUCAUGGUCUCGUCACGUAUUUAUUCAAUAAAAG